GUUCAUAUAUGAGGCUUUCACUUAGUAAAGUUGUUACUGAUAAAAUAUGAAGUGUUUAUUUGGGCUACUUUUUCUAGGCUUAGUGGCGGCUCAAACCCCUCCUGAAUGUUGUCCAGCUAAAUGGGGUGAUGUAGGCGCAUUGUUCCCUCUGCCAAGAGAUUGUUUGGAUGUUCGUAAUUUUGGUGGUCAAAGAUCUGGUGUUUAUGUCAUUUACCCACAGUCCGUUGAGAAUUGCCGACCAGUCCGAGUAUGGUGUGACCAGUCCCAGAGCAACGGAGGAUGGACAGUGAUCCAAAGACGUGUUGACGGCUCAGUAGAUUUCCUCCGUGACUGGGACGCAUACAAAACAGGUUUUGGCAGUGUUGCUGGCGAACACUGGUUGGGUCUGGAAAAUAUGCACCACCUAACAAUCCAGGGCAGAUACGAAUUACGAGUACGUAUAGAAGAUUUCGCUGGUCAGAGUAGGGAAGCCGAAUACAGACUAUUCCGUGUUGGCAACGAAAAGGCCGGAAACUAUACAUUAACGGUUACUGGCUUCCAGGGUGGUGGAGCAGGAAACGGAUUGAGCAUUCACAACGGAAUGCCAUUUUCAACGAUAGAUCGUGACAAUGACUCAUGGGGAAGAAACUGUGCCGAGGAGUACACAGGUGCCUGGUGGUAUAAGGCCUGUUUCACGUCCAACCUCAAUGGACAGUACCUAAGAGGUACCACUACACUAUACGGAAAAGGAAUAGUGUGGAGUACUUGGAGAGGCUACAAUUACUCUUUCAGACGCGUAGAGAUGAAAAUUCGGAGGAAUUCGUAGCAAUUAUGAAUGUAGAAAUGAUCGGUACUAAAUUACACGAACAUCAUUACCUCAACCAUCAUCAUCGUCACAGUGCGCCACACAUUGAACAUGCAAAUAUAAUUAUUCAACUAGGCCUCCAUUUUGUUUAACUAAUAAUACAAUAAUGCUACUAAUAGCAACACACGAUUGUUUGCAAAAAAUGAUGCUUUUUUAUGAUAAUUUCUGGGUUUUAAGACAAUAAAAUUUUCUUGAAUCUUAAAUAAAGAAUUAGGAAUAAAAAUAAAACGUUGUUUGAUACAACUUAUUUGUUGCCAUGUACCAUGUAUUAUUGUAAUUGUCAAAUUGAACAAGGCAAUUUAUACCAGAGACACGUGGUUAUUAUGUACCGUGGAUUAGAAACGGAAUAAUAAUUAAUGAAAAAAGACAUAAUCAAAUAAACAAACGGAAUGAUAUUUUUUUUUAUAAUCAUUCUUUUACACAUGUAAGACGUUCAAUAAAACCAAUGUUCGGACUUUAAACAAGACAUCAAUUAAAGAAAACAUUCAAGUACUGUAAUGCGA